ACAAUUUAUCACUGGGAGCCGCUCGUUCAUCCAGGGCCGGCGCGUCAGUGGCGCAAUAGCAUGUCUAUAUCAGGUACACGAUCAAUCGAAUAUAUCAACUUUCCUCUUAUUCAAGUCGCUCACUUUAUUGACCUUGUACUAAUUUAAAACGGAGCACGGCAAGUCGACUACCGUAUUCAUUUUACGUGUCUACGGCGCGUUGUACACAAUCGAGUGACUCCUGAAACUGAGGUGUGCGUUUAUCAUUAUCACUCGAAGCGUUAUGUCAGUGGUGGAGUUUUCGUAUCAGAAGGAGUAUGAUAAAAAUCCUGAACUCAAGGUCGAAGAUGUUAUGAUGAUUCGAAUAUGGUUAAAAGAACAACCUCACUUGCCACACUCUUUUAUCACAGACUUGGAUAUAAUUUUGGCGCUUCAUUGUUGCGGUUUCGACAUUGAGAUGACAAAGCGGGUGAUUGACCUCAACUAUACUCUCCGAACUUUGUUCACUUUUUAUUCAUACAGACAACCAGACAAAUCCUUAGAAACAGCUUAUACGUGGUUAGUAACACCAUUGAUCACUCCAACACUGAAGGGAUAUCGUGCUGUAUAUUGCCACUUGUUGGAUUCAGAUACAAAGAAGUUUGUUUAUAGUGAUGUCGUGAGGUCCUUCAUGAUGGUAAUGGACCUCUGGCAAUACGAAGAAGGCACUUGGCCGGGCGUGGUCAUCGUGGUCAAUAUGGCAAACGUGACAAUCGGACAUGUGUCUGGAAUAGACCUUAAUGUGGCGCAACAAUUUUUCUAUUUUCUGCAGAAAGCCAUGUUCAUUCGCCUCAAAGAAUUCCACUUCAUUAAUGCGCCAGGUUUCGUUGACAAAAUGCUUUCCAUGUUAAAACCAUUCCUGACACUGGAAAUGCUGGAAAUGUUGAAAGUGCAUCAAGUGGGUUCAGAUAGUUUGGACCGGUACAUACCGAGAGCAGCGUUGCCAAAAGAGGCGGGCGGCCUAAAUAAAGAUUGCACUACAUUAAGAGAUGAAAUAUGGGAGAAGAUUAAGUCCAAUUCACAUUUCUUUGACGAGGAAGCAAAAAAGAGAGUCGACGAAUCAAAAAGACCUGGGACUCCGAUUACUAUUAGCUCAAUAUUUCCUAGUAUGGAGAGCUCUUUUAAGAAUCUCUGUAUAGACUGAUGACCAAUUGUGAAUAUUUUUUAUUACCUACAAAUGUACAUUAAGAAAAUAUUUUAAGAUCA